AUGGAAGUCACAUCUUUGCCAAUCAAACUUCAACCUUCCAACAUUCGACCUAUAGCAUUCCGGAUAUUGUCGAAAAAACAUGGAUUAAACAUUAAUACAGAUGCUUUGGCUAUUUUAACCGAUACCAUUGGUUACAAAUUUGGCACCGAUUGGAAAAGUGUUAGAUCGCAACAAUUUCUUGAAGAGAUUGCUAAAGUAUGGAAAAUCGAAGAUCGGGGACUAUUUAUUGAUGGUGAUGGAUUGAAACAAGUACUUAAAGAUAUGAAUUCGAAGAAUGGCAACGAGCCAAAACGAGCUCAUCGAACUGACACUUUAGUUGAUAUCACUAAUGAUGGCAACCAGAAUCAUACCCAUAGUCACAAUGAGAAACAAACAGAUCUUGAAGAUAAAAAUGUGCAACAAGAAAGAGAUGAUAUUCCAAUCAACUGGAAAGAUUACUUUAAAGUUGUGUCUCCUAAUAACCAACCCACUAGUAUAUUUGACAAAACAAGAAAACAAUUUGACAUUGUGUUUAAGAAUAUUGACGACAAGGACAAAAGAAACAAUCGUGGCGGUAAACUUGACUCAAUCUUGACAGAAUUAGCAAAAAAUUUGCCUGCAUCCAUUGAAUCAUUUAAUAACCGAUAUUAUCUAUUAAGUGAUCGAUUAUCAAGAAAUGAAAACUUUCAAAAAAAAUCAUUAAUUAGCUUAUCAGCACUAAACUCUUUCAAAGAGGGGAAGACAGAUAGUAUAGUGGGUCAUGAAAUUACUUUAAUUAAAAACAUGUUGGGUCGAGAUGGACAGAAAUUUUUGAUAUUUGGUUUGCUUAGUAAAAAUGCAAACGAUGAAUACACAUUGGAAGAUGAAACAGACAAUAUUGAAUUAAACUUAUCUCAAGCUUGCAAAUCCCAAGGGUUGUUUUAUUCAACAGGUAUGUUCCUAUUAGUUGAAGGCAUUUAUUCCGCCAGUGGGGGUAAUUCUAACCAGGACCACGGUUAUAUUGGAGGUUGUUUUUAUGUUAGUAAUAUUGGACAUCCUCCAAGUGAGAGAAGAGAAAUAAGUUUGGAUGUUUAUGGUAAUUUGGACUUUUUGGGGAUGCAUCGACAAAUUGCACCAGUAACAGGUGAAAAAAUAACAAAAAUAGCUAAAAAGUUUAAGAAAAAACUAGUACAAAUCGAAAAGAACUUAAGUAAUCAUAAGCUUAUAUUUAUGGGGACUGAUUUAUAUUUAGAUGAUUUUAAGGUUUUGGAUGGGUUGCGAAAGUUUUUCCAAAAAUUAGAAAACUCAAUUAUUGAAUCAAUUGAGGACGAAGAAGGUCAACUAACGGAAGGCACCAAUAUUCCAAUUGCAUUAGUCUUGACAGGAUCGUUUGUAUCAAAACCUUUGUCUGUCACGAAUUCAUCAGUCAGCAAUAUCACUAAUUCAGAAUCAUAUAAGAGCAAUUUCGAUAAUUUUACAUCAAUUUUAAGUAAAUUUCCUAAUAUCGUAUCCCAUUGCAAGAUAAUAUUGAUUCCAGGCAAAAAUGAUCCUUGGCAAUCCACUUAUUCAUUGGGAUCAUCCAGCUUGAACUACUUCCCGCAAUCAUUUAUUCCAAAAGUGUUCAUUAAUAGGUUAGAGAAACUAUUGCCCAAGGGAAAUUUGAUAGUCACUUGGAAUCCCACCAGAAUAAAUUAUUUAUCACAAGAGUUGGUGGUAUUCAAAGAUGAAUUGAUGACCAAGUUGAAACGAAACGACAUUAUUUUCCCUCGUGAUAUUCAACAACAAGAAGAAUUGAUUGCCAAAAAUGAUCAAAUAAGCAAUGAAGAAAGAAUUAACAAUUUAAUCCAGAAUAAAAAUACUCAUUUGCCCUCAAAAAUCAAGCAAGCAAGAAAAUUAGUGAAAACUAUAUUGGAUCAAGGGAAUUUACAACCAUUUUUGAAAAACCUAAAGUUAAUCAACUUGGCUUACGAUUAUAGUUUGAGGAUUGAACCCUUGCCUAAUGUUAUUAUUUUGAACGAUUCAAGUUUUGACAAUUUUGAAGUGACUUAUAACGGUUGUAAAGUAAUCAAUAUUACCUCUGUUGUCAGCUUGAGUAAUAGGAAACUAAAUUACGUGGAAUAUUAUCCAGGCACAAAACGAUUUGAAUUCAAAGAUUUGUAUUUUUAG